CCACGAUUACGUCAUUGAGUUCAGAAACUGCUCAGAGGCGGCCAUCUUCUUCACACUAACAAAUUCUGUAGUGCCGAUACAAAGUAUUCGGGGAGAUUGGUGGACAUCGGGGUUAACAUUGUCCAAAAGCUGGGUUAUUCAAAGGAAAAGGAUCAACACUACCCAGCAUGAUGAUGAUUCGUGUCCCCUGCUCAUUGUGAAGGCCUGCCCCUGACCAGCCGUCUAGACCAGGCCACCCUGCUCAAGCAGUGCCAGUUUUCUGGUUACCAGGGUGACGCUGCUAUCCCAAGGAGCAUCAUGGAGCCCCACAGGAUGCUGGGGAUCGAAGGGGAUUGUGGGAUGCGGGGGUUGCUAGCCCCCAGUCCUCGGAGUGAGGCUGUAGCCCAUGAGCUGGAGGAAUUGUCGCUGCAGCCCACCCCGAACCUGCCCCCCCUCAAUGAGCGCAAGAACGUUCUUCAGCUCCGGCUGCAGCAGAGGAGGACUCGGGAGCAGCUUGUAGACCAGGGUAUCAUGCCACCCCUAAAGAGCCCCGCUGCCUUCCACGAGCAGAUCCGCAGUCUGGAGAGGGCCAGGACUGAAAACUUUCUGAAGCACAAAAUCCGGAGCCGGCCUGAGCGGUCAGAGCUGGUCAGAAUGCACAUCCUUCAGGAAACCCUGGCUGAGCCCUCUCUCCAGGCCACCCAGUUGAAGCUGAAGCGGGCCCGCCUGGCCGAUGACCUCAAUGAAAAGAUCGCGCAGAGACCCGGGCCACUGGAGCUGGUGGAGAAGAACAUCCUGCCUGUCGACUCCAGCCUCAAAGAAGCCAUCGUUGAUGGUGAGGGGGAGUACUCCAAGACACAGGACGUCUACUUGUUUGAUGAAGACAGCAGCGACGCCUUGUCUCCAGAGCAACCGGCCAGCCAAGAGUCCCAGAGCUCAGCGGCCUCCCCUGGAGAGCACAAAAUCAGAGAGGCCUCGUCCCCGCUUCCCAACUCCGCCCUGCAGUACUACCCACAAUUCUCACAGCCCACUUCAGACUACCUGAAACCUGUCUCAGCUGCCGAGCAUCACAACGGUCGCUUGGCAACCAAUUCAUUCCAGCCAAUCAGCACUGUAGCUCCUUCAAAACCAGCCCCUACACUUGUAAAGCAGAGCCAGCCAAAGACAGCGAGUGAGAGGAGCCGCAGUAAGAAGAGUCGGGAGGCCAAGCCGCGGGUGAAGAAGCUCAAGUAUCACCAGUACAUCCCUCCCGACCAGAAGGCAGAACCCAGCGAGGCGCCCAUGGACUCGUCGUACGCACGUCUGCUCCAGCAGCAACAGCUCUUCCUGCAGCUCCAGAUCCUCAGCCAGCAGCAGCAGCAGCACUACAACUACCAGGCCAUCCUGCCCGCGCCACUCAAGCCUGCAACCGAUACUCAGAAUACCUCCUUGAACAACAACAUGCCCGCCUCCAUUGUUGUCGCCUUGCCAACCAGUGGCACCCUGCGACAAAACAGCAGCCUGGCCAAUCGGAAGGCGGGACCACUGCCUGCUAAUCUGGAUGAUAUGAAGGUGGCCGAGCUGAAAAUGGAACUAAAACUGAGGGGGCUCCCAGUGUCUGGCACUAAAACAGACCUCAUCGAGCGACUGAAACCCCACCAGGAAAACUCUACCACCAUCUCCACAAGGGGCACCAUGACCACUACUAUCUUCUCUGGGUCAGCUGUGGAGGGGCCCACAUCAGCCUCUUUACAGACUCCCUUUGCUAAAGAGAAUCGGCAGCAUUCCAGCCAGCUGGAGAGCAUGAGCUCCACGCCGCCUGUGUCCCCCAUCCCCUCUGAGCUGUCCAGCCGGAACGCAGAGGACAACAGGUCCAUGGACACCUUCAGUGAGAUCAUGGGCGUGGCCCCUGCUCAUGCCUCAGGGGCCUCCCCCUGCAAAGGUACUGGCGAGGACUCGGGCAUGGAGCUGGAGUCGUCUGUCAAGGACCGCAAACUCCACGAGAAGGAGCUGCAGAUCGAAGACCUCAAGAGGAAGCUGGAGCAGGAGCAGAUGCUGGUGGAGGAACUGAAGAUGCAGCUGGAAAUGGAAAAACUAAACCAAGCACAACAAACAGGCAUCACUGUCCAGCAGAACCACUCAGGGACUCCAGAGAUCAAGGAUGAGAGCAGAAUGUCCCCCAAUUGCUCGUCUUUACACCCAGCCUCCCGGUCUCCAGUGGUCCAGCAGACACCCAUGUUGAUCAAGCAGGAGCAGCAGCAGCCUCAGCAGCCUCCACAGGCACCUCCAGCCCAAGGCCGAGCCUGCCUGCAACAGUUCUUCGUGAGCCACCAGAGGGUGCCCCAGGUCACUGAGCAGCCUCAAAUAUUGUUGACAGCACAGCCCAGGACUCCACUUCUCCUGCCAGUAUCCCUCUCUGGCACCAACACAACCAUCCAGCCAUCAACAGCUAAUGUGAAACCCCAGCAGCAGCAGCAGCAACAACAACAAGUUCUUCAGGCCACUGUCCCUGCUUCAGCCGCAGGCCUCAUUCCCCAGAUUCAGCCACAGAAACAGGAGGCCUCAUUCCCUCAGCAGCUCCCCAACCAAAAACACCACAUCUCAAAGGCGUUCCCCACCUGCACCACAUUCAGUGCUGGGUUUCAGUUCCAGAGCCAGCCAGUGACUGUUGACCCGCAGUGUUUCCUCAACAGCUCAGCAGACACCAGGCUGCCAACACAGGGCUCCCCAGGCCACACAUUGCAUAACGGGCCCACGCACAAGCCGGGCUCCCCCUCCCAGUCUCAGCCCCAGCCCCAAUUCAUCCUGCAACACUCAGUGUUUGCAAACCCCAUCCACAAGAGCAAGGACCCUCCCCGCUAUGAGGAGGCCGUGAAGCAGAGCCGCAGCAUGCAGGCUCCCCUGCAGCCCCAGGUCCCCAUGGUAACCAGCCAGCAGAUGGACGACCUGUUUGACAUCCUGAUCGAGAGUGGAGAGAUUUCCCCAUUCGUGAGGGAGGAGCCCUCCGGCUCUGCCAAGCUGAUUCCUGUGACUGCCAGCAUCACCACCCUACCAGUCAACACUGCGCUGUCCCGCCCACCCCCACAGGUCCAGGUGGGCCCUCCCCCUUCAAUGACCUUCGACCCUGCCCCCAGCCUCUCUCUCGCCUCCGAGAAUCAACUGGAGGCCUUCCUGGAUGGGGCCCUCUCUGCCCACACUACUGCCCCGCAGCUGGGCUCCAGCCGAGAGCACUUGUCCCUCAUCGAGGACCUGCAGAGUCAACUUAUGAGCCAGUCGGCCCCUCUGAGUCAACCACACUCCCCCAUGGACACCAACGAACUGCUGUUCUCCACAGACGGGGGGCCCAGUGUCGGCUUUGACCUCCACAACCCUAACCUGGAUAAUAUGGAGUGGCUGGACCUUACCAUACCCGGGUCAUCCAGUGGUCUGGCCCCACCAGGGGGAGUCUUCUCCUCAGACUUUCUGGACACGCACAACCUCCAGCUACCCUGGGACUGAAUCGAGCGACCCUCCAGCUCUCCAAACACAGGCGUUUGUUGUUUACGUUGUUUAGUUUGUUUGUUUUUUCUCGGAUGCUCAAUUGUUUAAUUUGGCAGCUGGCCUCAUUUAAGCUCAAAUUAAGAGGCCAACAGAUUUUGUAAAUAUAGGUCCUUAAAACUUCAAAGGAAAUUUGUGUGUGUGUGGGGGGGGGGGGGGGGAUUGAUAUCCCUUACUCGCUGUCCCCACAAUAUAUAAAAUGGCCUAUUUUUUUUUUAGUUCCUGGGAUGGAUUUUGAGUUUGUGGGGUCACAUCUGCAAUGGGAAGCACAAUGGCAGCAGCCUGUCUGACGAUACUGAGCUCUGUCAGAGCUGGGAUCCUUGGUAUUCCAGUGAGAGGGUGGCAAGGUAGAGGAUUCAAGACAAAUGGUCUCUUCUGAAAACUGAACUGUGGGAGAGUUUGCUGCCUUGGUCAUGCCUCCCUGCGUUUUGGGGAAUUUGAGAAGGGGACAGGAUUUUGGUCUAUUUUAAAUGUGUGCCAAGCAAAUAUGGGCAACCUGUUCCUUAAGCCCAGAGAUAAAGAUAACCGUCUGCUGUCGGUAUUCUUUGGACCUUGGAAACUGACACAUCUUCAGGUCCUAAUCUCUUCUGCAUGCAAGACUGGAUAGGAAUCAGAGACCUUGUCUAUUUCUUUUUAUUUCUUGUGAAUUUUCCAGGCAGAAAUGAAAUGCCUUGGUUUACCACUGUCACUCAAAAACAGUUCUGGGAGAGCAGCUGGAUUACUUUAAGGCUCAGGGAGGUGCUGGGGUGGUUUUUGUAGCACUGGCUGGCAGCAACUCAAAAUGAUAGCACUGGUAUAGCCGUAGCAUACACUACUACCAUACAGUGCCAUUGAUUGAAGUGGCUCCUAUAGCUACAAUUCUGAUUUGAAUCUUGGCCUCACCAAACAUCCUGCCUUGUCGCUAGGGAUGAACUAUUCAUGACUAGCCUAUACCAGUAAGAAUUUGAGUAAAGGGAGGAACCAUCUUCAAGUAACUUGUACAAAAGGACAACUGGGUUUGUUUUCAGUCUCAAGCAGUUAAGCUUUUGAGGUGUUGAGCUUCAACUGAGCAGAUUCAUUUUGAUAACAUGGCAAAGUCUCUUGGUUGCAGAAAAACAAAUGGUCAUUUCCAUUGCACGUUUGUUUAGGCUACUCUAAUUGUAUGUUAGAAUUGUGGCUAACAGUACAUGUGACAGGAAGGGGAAGUGCACCAGUAGAUUUGCUUGUAAAUAUAGAUUCAAAUACUGUAAACAAAA